AUGCGUUUGUACCAAAGUAGGAGAAAAUGGUCUCUAAUUCUGAACAUCAUAGAUACAAAGAAGCCUCGACCACACUCAUGCUGUUCGGCUGAAGAAAACACGGUCAUCCCGAAAUUCACGACCUUCUCCUUCAAAGCACCAACUUCCUUGAUAUUAAACUUAUUAAGUAGAGUAAUACUAGAAAUUGUCGACAUAGGAGACACUGCCAAAUCAUCCAUCACCAUAUACGUCACCACACCCUUCACAAACCCGCCUUCCGCACCAGACGACACGCUUUGCACAACUGGUGGGCCCACAUACUGCAACUCUCUCAACGUUUUCCGACCAGCACCUGAGGACGAGUCCUCGAGGGCCAAUAGAGGAACAGCUGAGGAAGCUAUCGAUCAACUUAGCCACCGGCAGAGAGAGAAUGUAGAAGAGGAAAUCCACGCAGUCUUUGUCGGCCUCCGCAAACAGAACCCUUUUGGCUCGGGUGUCUAUCAGCAGCUUCAGGCGUAUUGA